AGAACACAUGCCGGAGCUCAGUCCCGGCCAGAUCUCCUAUUUUGACCGUCAUUCGGCAGGGAAACAAUGCUGUAACAACGGCGGCGUUAAGACUGCGUAACGAUCUGUUCACGUUUCGACGUCUUUACCCGCGUAUUUUGUCGCACCCGCGAUAAGUACAACACACGUAGACAACACGCCAUUGUAAAUCGUAGUCCGGAUAAGCGGCUCGUCGACAGUGCGGCACCCCGAUUGGCUCAGACGCCCCACGUGAUGACCGCGGCACGCGUUUCGAUUGGCCAAGAGAUCCACGUUCGACGAAUCGUGAGGCGGAAAAUGAGUGCGCUUGUCUAUCCGUUGUGCGGAAUGUAACGGCGCAGUGGAUGCGAGGGUUUAUCGGCCUUGUAGUGAAUGAAGUCGGCACGCUGUAACUCCACGUACAUCCCAUUUGCUUGAUCCACUGCUGGAUGAAGGCCAGCCCCCUCCCUCCCUACGCCGUGCGGACCGUCACAAUGUUGGAGGAAGACAAGCCCCCAGACGAACAGGACCCUCACAGAAGCAUGGAUAACCUGACCUCCCAUCAUAUACAGCAAUCUGAAGACACACAGAGCAGCAACAGUAGCAGCAGCAGAGACAGCCCUCUGAGCCCCCAUCAGCAUUUAUCAGAGACUUCCUCUGACACACAACCUCAGGACCAGUCAGAAGCCUCCCCAGACCACACAAGCGCACAGUCAGACACCCCGCUCACAGACGCCAAGGACGAUGCUCCCUCGGUCUCGGACUCCGCUGACCAGCCCGUAUCCAAAAGCGAUCCACCGCCGCCCGUGGUCGGUGUACCGCGCGACUCUCUGGAGGCCCUGGACAUUCUGGGCGUGGACGUGACACGCAUGCUGCAGCGGGUGGCGGCGAGCGGAGCACCGGUCAAGAGCCAGCAGCGCGGGGACCCGGACCUCUCGGCAGAGGACAAAGUGACGCUCCUCCGCGAGCUGUGGGCCGAGCAGCCCGCGCGCUUCCUUGAGCGCUACCACGAGGCGCUGAGCGUGCGCGACCUCGGCUGCUUCGAGCAUGUGACGGAGGAAGAUGCCUACCUGGUGAACUUCUACCUGGAGGCCGUUCGCAAGAGGACUGAGCAGAGGGCCGGCACUGCUAUUAGGAAUAAGCGGUUCGCGGCACUGCGCGAGCUCGUAAACGCGGGUGAGUACUUCAGCGAGGAGUGCAUGCGCGCGCGCGACCCCCUGCUCUACGAGCAGUGCAUUGGCCGCUUCCUGUCCGAGGAGGAAGUGCUGGCACGCCGCAGCAUCGCGACUGGCACCCCGGAGUCUCUUGCCGACGUCCUCAUCGACGUCCACCAGGAAGUGGAGCUCCGGCGCAGACUUCAGCAGCAGCAGGAUGCGGAGGAUGACAUGGAGGAGGAGGAAGAGGAUAGUGACGAUGAAAAUGACAUGGACCAGAGAGAAGCCAGGCCGAAUCAAGGGUUGCCGCACUGGGGCUCGUGUGGACGGUCCCCCAGUAGGGAGGAGGGCGCCGUGUCGUUGGAGGAGCGAGCCCUGCUCAAGGAGGAGUUUGUGAGCCGCAUGUAUCGCCGCUUCCUAGACGGGCAUGACCAAGACUUUGAUUACAGCUCUGUGGAUGACAAUGCAGACUACGACAACUUGGAUAUUGUAGAGCAGGACGAGGAGGACCGCUACUUUGACGAAGACUGACAAGGUGCAGAGGACCGCCUGGCUCGAAGACCGCGUGACGUGCGCACACGGUGCUUUAUGAGCUCAGGGUGGCGGCUCCGAUCCACGCACGCAGAAUUCCUGUGACGCCUCCAGCAGGCGAGGGCGCCCUGCGUCCUCGCGGCACGGGGAAGUUCCGCCACCACCGCCUGUGGUAGCCGCACGUGAGAUUGCAGGGACUGCGCUGGUAGUGAGCUGCAAGGUUUGAAAAUACUUCAUCACCAUUGCCGGUCAACAAACGCCGCUCAUUCAAAGUCACCAUCGGGAGGUCGUUCCAGCCAAUGCCAUUUAUGCCAACACACCUUGUUAUCGCUUCCUUCUACUAGAUCUGGAAGCUGUUGAAUAGUUGACACCCGAUCUCCAAUGUGUGCACUUAAAGAGUAUCCCACCAUCUGGAAUUUGAACUUUCCCUUUGUUGCUGACCUCCGCCUUGGUAACCUGCCCUCAGCCAUCUGUGCAUGUGCAUCACUCACCACAGCAUCCUCUUAACGAUUACAUCUGCAGUGCAUAUAACACUGCUUCGUUUGAGGAUAUUGUGAUGAAUGUAUGUUGGUAAUUGAUGCAAUAUAUUUUUAUGAUCGUUUUAAUGGUUAUAUAUCUGCUACUGGUAAGAUAUUUAUAUAAUUGUUUGACAUUCUCACCACCACCACAUUAAUAAUGUCUCUAACUCACGUGCCAAUCUGACUUCCCUUGGUGCUCUCUUUUGCCCAAACCAUUAUCCGGAUUAUAUAUUUUUCAUUAAUUAUCAUAAGUUCUUUAUGUAUCCAGGAAACUGUGAAAUGUUUAAUACAAUAUUUUUCUCAAAGGACCCUAUUCGGAAUGUUUAGCCAAUUUACCAUUGGAGCAUCGAUUUAUCACUGAGCAUCGAUUUAUCAUUGAGCAUAGAUUUAUCAUUGAGCAUCGAUUUAUCAUUGAGCAUCGUUGUUCGAUGAAGAGGGGCAACUUGGAAGAUGCCCGUGCGAGGAUAACGUUCAACAAUGAAUCCCCAUGAAGAGGUCAGCAACCUAUUUGAGAUACCGCCUCUUUCAGGCCACCUUUCAGCCAUGAUUGUGGUGAUCUCUGCGCGAUCCACCAACGCUACCUUCCAAGUGCUGUGUUUGUUCAUGGCGACGAUGAUGAUGGAGUUGGCGAAAUAUUUUCAAUCUGGGGUCAAUGCAAUCAGCUGGCUUGAAAUGACCAAUGGGAAAACAGUGCCGCUGUGGAUUCCUCUCUUAGGGCUACAGCUACAUUAAGCUACUGGUAAAUAUCUCAUACAAGUGUAAUUAUGUUAGAUUCGAUAAAAACAAAAUUAGUAAAAUUGCCGCUUGUAAUGCAAUCUUAAUAUUCGUUACACCCUAACCGGCCGUCGGUUUAAAAAUUGUAGAGUGAUUCGUUUACUUUUGUUGACCAUCAAUUAUUUGUUUUAAGAAAUGUUUCUUCCCUUUCUUUCAUGAAUGUAUAUUGUUUUAAAAUGAAAUUUCAUGGUGUGUUUAUGUACAUUUGAGUUUUGCACGGAAAAUAAUAAAAUGGUUUGCCAAAGGUAAACGGAUUUGACUUCGACAGGAAUAUUGUGAUGACAAUUGAGCAAUUAAAGCAUCAAAACAUUGUAAUUGUAAUCAUAUGUUUACUGCUAAUACAAACAUGUAUUUAGAAUCUUGACUUAAAGCUUUCGUGACUGCGGGAAUUCAUAUUCUUUGGGUCUUUCGGUAAAGUCACGUAAAUAGGUUCAAAUUAGUACAAAUAAAAUAAACAAAAACCUCCGACGUUUCGAUCACAACACAAGCGAGCGUCAUCAGGAUGACGAUUGUUUAUUUCGAAACGUCGUGGUUUUUUGUUUCUUUUAUUUUUAUUAAUUUACGUGACUCUACCGAAAGACCCAAAUGUUUUUAGAAUGUUUAAGCUGACGGUAUUUCACCUUGCACUUUGCUUUUAAACAAUUGUGCGUUUCAUAUCAAUCGGUUGCUAAAUUGUUUUACUUUUAUUAAUUCGUUGAUGCAUAACUUAUUGAAGUUGGGAGAUUAAUUGUCUCAUUUGUUAACUCUUGAAGUGUAUUCCGAUUUCAAAAUGCGGCUCGACGUGAAAUGAUACAUUGCACAAAACGCGUACCAACACAAACCCGUGCCGCACACACAAAAGAUAUUAACACAUUCGAAAGUUAUUUAUACAACAUAAAUUUAACUUAUUGCUGAGUCACACUGACCUGGUUUCAUAGGUUGACUGCACUAGAAACUGCAACUUGUUUCUUUUAAGCGCAUGUUCUUUUUUUUGACAGGGCUUUAACCAUAAACCAAACGACACACAAAGAACAGUUGUUGACUUUUGCUGACACAGACUAAUUAGGACUGGAUACCCUUAAGACAACAGAAGAGUGAAUUAGGCAGAAUCCACGGACUGGAGUGGUGGGGUAAUACUUGCCCCGCUGCUUCUUCUGCAUGCCGAUGAUGUAUUGUGGAGGGCAACAGCUGUAAAUUUGACAUUGAGGUGAUGGGGAGCCAGACCAUUUUGUCGGCUGAAGUGGAGAGAAGUGGCGUAUCGCACCGAUGAUGCCUUCUUAGUACUUGUGAAUCAGCUAUUGAGGCGUUAUACGUUCCAUGGUCUGUUCUGAGUGACCAAAAGUUUGCACACACCGAUUACCCAGAACAACAGACCGUUCAACUUACAGACCAUGCAGGCCUUGGUGUAGAUGUAGUUGGGACAAGCUAGAAUGUUCUGGCGCUGUCCGCCAUGCAGAAUGCCGUAAGGUAAUUUCGCCGUGCUCGGUGAGAGUGUCACACGACAAUGCAAUAACCACUCCUUGCCGUACACGCUGACCUGGAUUCAUACAAGGCUAAGGCUGUAAAUGCCUUCUGUUAAAUCGACUAACAACAGGGCAGACAGGAGCACGUGCCUGAGGACAUCUCAAGUAUUCUCAGUGGAAUGGAACACGUGCAGUGAAGGCAAUCUUGAUUUGAAGCUUUCGUGACUGCAGAAAUCCAUACUCUGAUUCUUUCGGUAAAGUCACAUCAUGAUAUAUUAUUUUUUGUUUUAUUUUAUUUUUCUACCUACGUGACUUUACCGAAAGAACCAAAGAGUACAGUGAAGGCAUCUUUGUUGAAAAAUAUUAUUUCGACGCGUUUGCAUUCGUGUUCCAAACGAUGGACUUCGAAGAGCCAUCCAUAUUAGCCGUGUCAGGAUCAACAAGUAUCUGCUGUAUGUCAUUUGUAAAAGAAAUGAAAGCAGAACAAUUAUACGAUAAAAAUUUCCACCAAUAUUUUUCAAAAUGUUAACAAGUAGAAAGCAGUCCUGCUGGUCUAAUUGUGUAUCUCGUCACUGCUAUUUUAGGUCUAUGCCGAAUGACUUGUAAAGAGAUGGACUGAACUUUUAGGCAGCCUUGGAUCCUCGAGACCAGCCCUCAGCCUCAACUCAGGCACGAGGCUAUUCUCUCAGCGGUGUGGCCUCGGUGCAAGGACUUUGUCUAAGAGGCUACAUCCUUUACAGUGGCCUCGGCCUAGACGAUCCCGCCUUGACACUGGCCUUGACCUAAACAACUCCCGGCAUCGGCCUGGGCUUGGCAUUGUAGCUAUGCCAGUCUCGAUGUUGUGGCUUUCGGCCUUGGCCUUUUGGCUUUCAUCAUUCACAUUAAAUGAUAUCGUCUCAUUUGGGCCUCGAAUCCAAGACUGCCUGAAUGUAAGUUAUGGCUUUCGAUGCACUUAGGCUGCCAGAAAUCUAUGCGCAUUACCCUGUGGCAUUCGUUUGGACAGGCAGCUGUGUGAGCCAGAGACCGGGCAGCCCAACUCUUUUUUUUAAAUAUCGCAGCUCGCCUUGGAAAUCAGCAACACAACCGACGUUUUAUAUAUAUGUGUGUAAAGGCAAAGGUCUGUGCUCUUCACACUGUGCGUCCACCAACUGUUGCAGCCUGGCCUCUUUCAUGAAGCGUUUUAGCAAACCGUUCCACGGUGGCUAAAAAUAAAUCACAACAGAGGAGA